UUACCUUUUGCAUAAUUAAUCCUUGCGCGCUGCAGUUAUUACGGAAAGGAGUCUACUGAUAUCCAUUUCAGCUUUAUAAUCGAGCGUCGGUCGCAAUGGCUUGGAGAUCGAAAGGGUUAAACAAUGCGGACCUGGUGCGACAACUGCGAGAGUUUAAAAUCAUCAAAAGCGACGCAGUAGCCAAAACGAUGACUGCUACCGAUCGGCGACACUAUAUGCCAUCCAACCUGAACCCGUACGUCGACACUCCGCAGAGGAUCGGCUACGGAGCAACCAUCAGCGCACCGCAUAUGCAUGCCUAUGCCCUGGAACUAUUAGAGAGCUACCUGAAGCCGGACAGCCGGGUACUGGAUGUAGGUUCCGGAUCGGGCUAUCUCACCUCUUGCUUUGCGCGCUACAUUCACGAUCAACCGAAUGCGACGGGGUUCGUCGUUGGUAUCGAGCACCAUCCCCAGCUGGUGGAGCAGGGCCGCAAGAACAUCGGCGAGGAUGAUCAAACGCUGAUCGAUACGGGAAAAGUUAUACUGAUCGAAGGUGACGGUCGGCUGGGCUGCAAGGAGUAUGCACCGUACGAUUGCAUACACGUUGGGGCGGCCGCGCCAAAAACACCGGAAGAGCUCAUCAAUCAGUUGAAACCGGGAGGUAGGCUAGUGGUGCCGGUCGGUCCGGAUGGUGGUACACAGUACCUGGAGCAGUACGAUAAGCAGUCGGACGGUACGGUUGUCAAAACCCGCCUGAUGGGCGUCAUGUACGUCCCCCUUACCGAUCUCAACGCAUGAUGCCGCGCAAGGCAGUGCUUUCAUUAUCUAGUGAAGCUAGCAGUCCUAGCGAUCUUGUUUGGUUUUGCUUACAAAGCAGCGAGGCUGGCUUGGGUUUCAUCACUAGAUGCUUAAUUUUAAUUUAUCGUAUUUUAUCGUAGUGACUCGAAUCCGAAUUCGUACUCGUACUGAUUUCGGCUUCGUAUCACCUGCAGCGACCUCAACUUGCCUCCACCACCAAUCCAACCUUGGUUUUUGGUCGUUGCUGUGAUUUUUCUCGGCUUGGAACGGCGUAAUCAGUCUUACGGAAAAUGAUGUCGUAUCGUCGAAUCAGUCUAAAAGGAUUUUUUGUACCAAUCAGGCGAGGGUCGGCGUCAACCGGCCGAGUCAGCUCGCCUGACUCACGGAACAGUAGGUGGAGAGGAGGUAGGUGGUAGGUGAAGAGGAGGCCACGGUCGCUGACUGUAGGGAACUUUAGGUUAAGACAAAGUUUAUAAAUAUUAGUGAUAAAAUCAAAUUCAGUCAGUCGUCUCUCUUGUGCGAAAC